AUGAACUUCGGACUCAGCGGCCUGGACGACCUGAACGGGCUGGACAAGGCCCUCAUUGAAGAAAUUGAAAAGGAGACAAAGGGUGGUGGUAGUAGUAGUGCGGCGGACAACAAAAGAAAAUUUGACAUGUACGAUGAGUACGAAUUGUUAUUAAAUAAAAAAAAAAAAAAAAAAAAAAAAUAUGAACAAGUGGAAAGGAAUACAAUAUUAACAGCUAAAGCUAACUUUGAGCAAAGCACCUUUAGAAACUCAAUCACAGGAUCCCCAUUUAAUCGCACAUUUCAGAAUCACUACAUCUUCAAUGAUUACUUCUUCCUCAGAGAGUACGUGUACAAAAAUAAUUUAACUUGUGAUGAUAUAUUUUUUAAGUCUGAACAAGUCAAAUCAAAAUGUAAAAAUGAAUGUUCUAAAUUAGUUAGUACAAAUAAAGACAUAAAUGACUACCUCAAGAUUUACGACUGCAAUGACAUUUUCCCCCCUGUGUAUGUAAAGAGGUUUGGUUGUGAGGGGGAAAACCAGGUAGGACAAAAGUAUAUGACCAGUGGGAGUGACGAUGUGGAGCAACAACAAGGUGAUGCAAGCUGCAUGAGCAACUCCUUCAUCAGACGAAACAAGCAAGAGUUCAGAAAAAUGCUAGAGAAGGUUGUACAGGAAAUUAAAGAAGAGGAGGAGCAGAAGCAGGAGCAGAAGCAGCAGGAAAGGAUAGAAAAUGAGAAAACGGAGUCAGGAGAUAUUUACCAACAGGAGGCGGGAAAACAUAUGAAGAAACAAAAGUGCAUUAAUUUUGUAGAAAAAUAUAGAGCAAAAUAUUUCUCGGAGCUAUUAACAGAUGAAGCUAUCAACAGGGAAGUCCUCUUGUGGAUGAAGCAGUGGACUGAGCGAAUAGCUAAAGGACAAACAAACAUGACACCCACACAUGAACAUGACCAAAAUGAGCAAGACGAAGCAAGGAAAAAUAAUGAAUUUCAACGAAUCUUACUUCUAGGUGGGUCAGCAGGAAAAGGAAAAACAACUCUAGCAUAUGUCAUCGCUAACCAUUUUAAAUUCAACAUCAUCGAGAUUAAUGGAAGUGAUGACAGAAAUAAGGAAACGUUAAUUCCGCUAGUAGAAUCCAUUGUCUGUAACAACUCCAUAGGUUCUAAACCAAACAUAUGUAUAAUCGAUGAGGUAGAUGGACUCACCAGCACGCAACAAAACAUUGAAGCCAUUAUAAAAUUUCUUAUGAAAAAAGACAGGAGAAAUAAAAGCAUUAUCAGAAGACCAAUCAUUUGUAUAUGCAACGACAUUUACCACAAGAGUCUAAAGGAACUUCGAAAAAUAAGUAAAGUAGUUGUGGUGGACAGUGUGAACCACGAAAUGUUGAAAGCGAGAAUCAGUUUUAUUUGCGACAAGGAGGGAAUCAGCAUAGCGAAUGAGGCGGUAAAUAAGUUGGUGGAAAUUUGUAAAGGGGACAUUAGGGCUAUUCUGAACACCAUAUGUUUCCUCAGCAUCGGGGGGGCCGCCACGGCUAGCGGCGUGACUGGCGGCGUGACUGGCAUGGUUGGCGCUCCCCACGCGGAAGCAUUUCCACGCACACCCAAGCAAAAGCGCAAAGUAGUCAUCACCAUGGACCUCCUCAACGCAUACCUCUUCUACAAAGACGCAAACAACAACUACAUGGAACUGCUAAACAUGAUCUAUGUGAAAAAUAAAAACAAAAAAAUAAUUAAACAAUUGUUACAGGACUGCCAUGAAUUCUUCUACCUAAACAUGUCCAACGAGUAUAACUACCUCCAAUCCUACUACUACAUCUACGACAAUCUUAUGAAUGUACCUUUUAACGAUUUUGACUUUUGUAAGCUUAGCUACUGUCUCGACUUCCUUACCUUGUGUGAUACCUUGGAAUAUAAACAAAAACAAAAUUUAAAUUACUCUCUUCAGAAGAUGUUAUUCUAUGCUGUAUACCUUUUCAUUCUCAUCCUGAACCUCAAUAUGAACUCUCACGUGCAGUACAUUCUCAUGCAUAACAGCCACAGUCACUUUCAUCGAACAAAACAAUUGAGUGUAAAACAGAUUAAGGAAAAUUUUUUAAAUGAAAAUUUCGGGGCUAUCACAUACAAGUAUAUCUACUCUAAACAUUUUUUCUUUGAAAUUAUAAAUUAUAUUUUUUCCUUCUUUUACAUGAAUGAAUUUUUUUACAGAAAUGUCCACCUGUGGGGAACAGCUAGCUACUUCAACGACUUGGAUGCACCCAAGUACUUCCUUGUCCCUUACCAUUUCAACAACGUGAAUAAAUUAAAAUUGUUUUGCUUGAAGCUGCUCCACCUCAUGACACUUUUUAAUAUUUCAUUCACUAAUGUUUCUGUCUCAUGUUCAUCCACGGGGUCCUUUCACUUUGCUUACCCCAAAGCUAACCAACCCUUUCGGGGGUCAUCAUCAGUGGCAGCGGCGACAGCGGCUGGGGCAGCGCAAGGGCCGGGGGGAGGCGCCAACCACAUGGACAGCAACCCGAUCGACGCCAACCCAAGUGGAGGAGCCCACGCUUCUGUUUCUGCCGUUGCUGCGGUGGGAGGCGGGCAGCCAGACAAGAUGUACGUGUUCGACCCCUACGUAGAUGACUUCCUCCUGUAUGCCGAGAAGAAGGAAACGGGGUACAGGCCGUUGCACCAGAUUGGCAAGCCGCCCAUGGCUACCCCCCACGUCAACGCGUUCCACGUCAACACGUUCCACUCCAACACGUUCCACUCCAACACGUUCCACUCCAACACGUUCCACUUCAACACGUUGGAGAAUUUCCUCAACAACACCGUGUGCGAAAAGUUAAACCAAUUGAAGCAGUGGAUUAACAACCAGUCGCUGUACUUUUAUAAAAAAAAAAAAGAAUCAAAUCAAAUGCAUAUUAUUAAGUCUUCCUCCUCCAAGGCCACAAACAAAGGAAAAUUCGAAAUUAGCUACACACCUAAUUUUGAAAAAUCGCUAACUGAUAUUAUUUUAAUUGCACAACAGAAGGGCUACCAGAACACUUUCUCUUUUUAUUUUCCAAAUGAGGUACCUCAAGAUGGUGUGGGUUCUACCUGCACAAGGAUAGAUGCAAAAACGGGUUCAACGGGUCAACAGCAAAAAGGCGUACGCAAACCAGGGACAAAUCUUAAAAAUGAGCAAAACAUUUUGAAAACGAAAAUUUUACACAACACAGGGGAUGCUGCACUCACCAUCGCAGACCUCAUAAGAGAAGAAAAGAAUUACAUGGACCAGAACAUCAACAAGGAAAAUAACAUUUACUUCACGGGCAAGUAUGUCAAGACCAAGGGCUACUACAAGAACAUCGAGGAGCGAUGCAAUGCGGUUCUCCAGCCCCUCCACUUUUGCGUCUUCCAGGGCAGCUAG